UGAAAAGAAACUGUUCAAGGAAAACAAAACUAAUCUCUCUAAUCUUUUUUUCUGUUUGUAUGUGUGUGAAAAAUGACAGAGGCCGUAAGUUCAAUUAGUUGUUCGAUCUGUUUAGAUUUACUGAAGGACCCAGUAACUAUUCCCUGUGGACAUAGCUACUGUAUGGUUUGUAUUAAGGGCUGUUUGGAUCAAGAAGACGACAUGGGUAUCUACAGCUGCCCCCAAUGCAGACAGACCUUCAUACCAAGACCUGUUCUAAACAGGAACACCAUCCUGGCUUAAUUAGUGGAGAAUCUGAAGAAGACAAGACUCCAAGCGGCUCCUCCUGAUCAUUAUUAUGCUGGACCUGGAGAUGUGGAGUGUGAUUUCUGUAUUGGUAGAAAACUCAAAGCUGUCAAGUCCUGUCUGGUGUGUCUGGCCUCUUUCUGUGGGACUCACCUCCAGCCUCACUAUGAAUCUCCUGCCUUUAAAAAGCACAAGUUGGUCCAAGCCUCCAAACAACUACAGAAGAAGAUCUGUUCUCAUCAUGACAAACUACUGGAGGUUUACUGUCAUACUGAUCAGCAGUGUACCUGUUAUCUUUGUAUGUUGGAUGAACAUAAAGGACAUGAUACAGUCUCAGCUGCAUUAGAAAGGACUGAGAAACAAGUAAGACAGGAACUCUACAGUAUAGGAUAAAACAUAUAUGUUGUGUGUGGAUGUGGGUGUGUUUGAUAUGAAAUAUAUUUUAUUUGUGGGUGUGUUUGUAACAGCUACACCGUGAGCAAUCUAUGAACCUCACAUAAACAUUGCUAUUAUAUCUUACCUAUUAUACACCACUAAUGUAAAUCUCACCCUUUGACUGGAAUCAGUAGAAUUGUGUAAGAAUCUAUAUAAGGAAUAAGAGGGUUUGGUGUAUUACAGAUGUACAUGGCUGAGGUACGUUUUGUUCAUGUGCAAUGCAAUGCUGAAUAGGACAGGCAAGAUGGCCUAGUGGUCAGGGAAUCUAACUAAUGUUUGUAAUGUCCCUGGUUCUGAUCCCCCAAAUGUCAAGGUGAUACUGUAUCUAUGUCAAUCAGUUCUUGAUCAAGACAGUUCAUCCUAAUUGCUUCUGCCUCCCCUGUAACAUUUCCCCAGGUGGUUGAUAUGAAAGGAACUGGAUCAUAAUCCACUUGCCUGAUUAAACAAUGGUUAAAGUAAAGCCUUUAUCUGUAGUAUAUUGGCCCUGUACCACAAACUAGAGGUAUUCAUAUGUCCAAAAUCCGACAUUCCAUCUGUUAUCCGUCUGGUUCAGAUAAAAUGUUCUGUAGUUGACAGUCGGAUCAAACAUGGUGACCAAGGAUCUGACAUCAGAGUGAUAAUAUGUACCGACUAUAUAUACAGACUAUAUAUACAGACUAUAACAACAAUUAUAAGAAAGAAGAAUGUAUCCCGAUUAAUAAAUGUGAUAUACACUCACCUAAAGGAUUAUUAGGAACACCAAUUUCUCAUUAAUGCAAUUAUCUAAUCAACCAAUCA